AUAUUUUCGCUGUGUGUCACGAAAUUUCCAUUUUGAAUUUUCGUGAAGUGUUUUCUUUGGCUUCAUAUAUAGAAUUACGUGACUUACAAAACACUUUAAGACAAUACUUUACUGGAGAUUGUAUCGCAGUUCCUAUAUACCACUCUGGUACAUCAAUUUGGUGAAUUUGACGUGAGCUGUGGUCUGUUUUGAGUUGGCGUGGGUCGCGAGUGUUCGUUAAAUUCUACUUCUUUGGUUUCGAAAAGAACGAGGUUGUCAAUACUGUAGCUCUUUAACGAUGUCUUCCGCGGACUGUUGCUGUGCGAUGUGGCAGUCACCUAUUCAGGCAGCUAUUAGGCCAGCUGUUUGGCUCCCAGGGAUCAGGAAUCUUCAUAGCAAAAAGGAAACGUGAGUACGCUGCAGACGUCAGUACUUACAUGUAUAGCUAUGUAUGUACAACUUUGACAGAAUUUCAAAAAAGUAAGCUCGCUUUUCAAAAGGACUUCAAGUUAAUAUGAUUACAUUAUAACUUUGUUCUUCAAGUGCGACGUGAAGUCUUUGCUGUACUUUUUAAGAUGACUUUUCCUAAACUACAUAGUUUACCAUCAUCUUUAAAACUAGGCUUUUCACUUUUUUAGACUGAAGAAGGUCAAAAUACAGUGUUUUUGCACCUACUGAUGUCAUUUAUUUCUGUGGACAUCUAUAUACUCUAGCUUGUAGACAAUAAACAAAUAAAAGCCCAACUGGUCUGAAGUCGUGUUGUAAGAUAAAGACUAAACCAAAGCAUCUUCAUAAUAUUAUGUUACGAGGAAUAUCCAUUCGAUGAAAUCCAAAGAGAGACUGACUUCAUAAUCUAUUGCUGCAGCUAUACUUAAAAAUUGUCAGUAAUACAUUAUUUGUAAAAGUUCAUAUGCUUCAAUAUUUUGUAAUGCUGAACAUCACAUGUUAUAAAGCUGUCCAGAGAAUACAAAAAAAAUGAAAUUCAUCUAUCACACUUAAACCAAUAUUUAAAAAUUGCAUUUAUGCAGUCUUCAGUGAUUUGCAUAUAAAUACAAAGUGUUUUUAAAAUUCAUGUGUCACUUAUCAAAAUGGCUCGCUUUCAGAGACUGAGAAACAUUUUUUCUAAAAAAACUGAAUUAUUGAUUAUUUUUUUGUCUGCUUGGUACAAAAAUCAGCUAUCCAUUUUUGGCAGUUAUGCAAGACAUGUGAAUUAUUUGAUAAACUUGAGUUAAUAAAGCAAAACCAAUUUUAUUAUAUUUCAUAAACUUUUACAAUAUUAGCUGUGAUACCCCCAAUAAUAACAGGAUUUUCCCAGGUGGGAAAAGGUGAAUGAUUGGAGCUAAAAUAACGAAAUAAAAAGAAUGGCAAAAAGACCUGAAAGAAAUAUUUUAUUUAACACAUGACUGUAUAAAACAUUAUACUUGCACUAUUAACAUUUUUUUUCUCAGGUCAGCAAAGAGUAAGUGCCAGCUAAUUAACUAAAUCCUAAAAGUUUUUACCCCAGAGCAGUGGGCUCCUUAUCAGGCGGUAACCAGUAAAAUUUACCGCUUGAAGCAACACUUCUUACCACCUGCAACCACUUGAAGUGUUACUAUCCAAGCCGAUCCUCACAAGAAAAGGAAGAUAAAUAAGGAAAAAACAAGAAGUAUACACAGCUAAUCUCGCUGAUUACUCACUCACAGACUGGCUUCUUUCAAAGCACGGCAGGCUAACAAUUUUUUCAUGGGCUUCUGUCCCAAUUCUACACUUUCUCGACCAGCAAGAAAAGUUUGGGACCUCUGCGUCUUGUGUUACUUAUUAUAUAAAUUGACCCUAGCAGCAAAGGCAGCCUUGAUUCAUAAAAUUCUUUGUUUCGAGGUGUUUGUAAUACUUUUCGGUCAAUUGGUUGAGAGGAUGCUCAAAAAUAACAGCCAGUUCAAGAACACAAAGCUCCCCCACCAGGAGAGUACCCCUCUGGUGCAUAUUAAUUUUUUUGGCCUUACCCAUCAAGAAAGGUCCCUUACCUAAUGAGCUGAAAUUUAGGGAGACCACUGCCAGAGGCCUCAAAGCUGUUAAUAAUUUGUUCAGCAUUGUGGAACUUCAAAUAAUUUAUUGGAACCCUAAAUUACUGUCCGAAAACUUCUAUCUCAUGCAUGCCCGUUCGCGCAUGUGGACAAAUUUCCUGUCAUUACCUGAAGGAAAAUUUCUAAAUUGAUAUACACCUAUGUAAACUAAAUGGAAAAUUUGUAAUAUUCCUUCCAUAUUGAAUGAGAUUGAGGACCUCUAAGUUAAGACACUGUCAAUGAUACAAUACUGAUGACUUCAGCUUCAAAAUAAACAUACUUUUAAUGAAUUUUAAUAAUAUUUGUCCUUUUAUAUAACCACAGCUGGAUAAUACCAGAUGCAACUCCUGAAGUUUGUUUGGAAAAUCUGGUAUCAGCUGUUGCUUUGCUAGGUGAAAGAGAGAAAAUGCACAUACAUAAGGCAAGUAAUAACAAAUGCUCUAAGAUACAUAAAGUAUUGUUAAACAAGGCUGUGCUUUAAGGAAAAUUGAAGGGAGACCAGCGUUCACCGCAUCAACAGCUCUGAACCCCGCAAAAUCCAGGGUGCCCAGCUUAUGAGUUUUAUGGAAAAACUAAGAUUUCCUCUAGAGCUAGUUGCCCAAGAGCAAAAGUAAGACGCUAGGAGCUACCCCUCACUGCUAAAGCAUAGCCCUGUUAAAAAAUUAUGUUUUUCAAUUUAGUCAUAAUAAUAUAUCUUCACAUCCUGUUUAAUUUGAUCCAUCUUAUCAUCAUUAUUGUGCAGAAACAUUUUAUAAAUUAAUUUUUGCGCACUUAGAAUAAUAUUUCCUUUCGAAUAAAAUUGAUACUUGGAAGGCAUGUAUCUUACAAGACAUUAUAAUUUAUUAUUAGAGAAUUAUUAGAGAUAAACAUUUUGCUAAAUAAAAUUGUAAGUAUUUAAAAAAGGUUGAGGGCAUGGUCUAGCUGCUUUUAAGGUUUUUUUCAGUCAUGGUACUAGUCAGUCAGAGCUGUCUUUUUAAACUGAGGAAUUCAUGAUCGUUUAUUUAUGUUUUGUAUUUGUUUGUUAUAAAUAGGUGCGACCCAACAGAAAUUUUGUUCAGAUUUAUUCCUAUACUGAAUUUGAGUGGCUGGAUAUAGUGGAAAUUGAAUUUCAACCAGGACAGGAAAGGGGAACAUUAGGAAAGGUAUCUAUUUACCAUAGUCAGAAUCAUGAAGUAAUAAUUCUCUCUAAUGGAAAACCCCUUGCCAUGCCCUUAGAUUUUAGGGCCUGCUAUACAGUAAAACAUAGUUGUAGCCUUUUGCAGGAUCUCAGUAAGCUGGAACAAGCAGCUGCAGACAGAAAAGUGAGUGAGAUAUUAGACCAGCGUGCAAAGACAGUACUGUCCGAUGGCCUGGGCCUAGUGGAUUUUGCUAUCGGGCUAGUGAAUUUUGCUCUUAACUUGCCCAAUGGGCAAGUGAAGUUUUUUUAGGAAUUCAAAUUACAGAAGAACUGUGAAAUCAAUUCUGCUCAUCAAAAUGUUUUGGGGCUAGUUGAAAUGACGUUUAGGCUAGUAUAUUCGAGCUCCAGCUUGCCCGAAUGGUAAGCUUUAAAAAUGAUUUUCUUUGCACCCUGGAUAAAAUAAUACUCUUUUUAAUGCUCUUUUUUUCUGUCAAUCAUCCCCACUCUGGGAGAGCCUGAAACAGCCUCAUGUAGAUGUAGACAAGUGAAUCUAGCCAGCUAUAGUAAUAGAUAAUCUGAAACUUGCCUACCUAGAGGUGUUUAAUACCCCUAAGCUAAUGUUGGCUUUGUGAGAUCUAGAAUCAUCUGUUCAUUGUUCCAUGACUGUCACCCAUUAUCAAUCCUCCUUUCUAUAAAUUGGAGAAUGUAGAGUACUCCUUUAGUCAAUAUGAACUGGUCUAUAUGGGUCACCUUUCCCAGAAUUUUGAAAUUACACAUUGGGUAUGCCCAAUAUCACAUUGGUACCAGUUUGGCAAUUCUCUGGAGGUAAAGUAUACCUUGGAGGCAUUGUAAGUUCCCUGUUGUAUUCCUCCCAUUACAACUUCUUUAAUCCAACCUCCCACUGGUCAAAAUUGUCUAUCAAUUGUUACUUUUAGAAUAGAUAAUAAAUUAUUUUGUCAAAAUAAAAAGAAUCUCAAAAUCGCAGGGUUGGAUCCAGAACAUUCCGAAAGAGGGAACCAUACGCAGGGCCUAGGUGAAUGCCCCCUCCUGUCCUGUCUGCUCAAACUUUUGAGUAAAGAUAGAUAAUUUUUAUUGAUCAGACCUCUGGGAGAAUUUUAAUGUGUACUUUGAAAGAAAGAUGUUCUGAAAGUUACAUUUUGUAAAAAUGAGACGGAAGUACUAAAGGGAGGGCCAGCUCCGCCCCUAACAUUAUUAGACUGUUCAUAGGCCCCUAUUUUUCCGUAAGAUCGUUGAGAUCGAAGACUUUGCAUUACUGUUGGCCAUCUUGAAUUAGACUUGCCUCCCUCCCCCCACUGCCUUAAAACCGUGAUGUCCGCCUCCUCAGUACAUAUGAAACCAAGAUGGCUACCCAUACUGGUGAGCGCUCUAUCCUGACAUUGUAACAAGAAAAUAGGGGACUGAACAGUCUAGCCCCUAAUCUGCCUAUGUUUUGGGGGGAACAACAAUCUCCAUGGAUCAGAGAUACUGCAAGAAAACAGAUACUUUCUUCCCAUGGGUUAGAUCAGACAUGCAAUCUACAUUGUGAGAAUGAGAUUGGUUUCUUAGCUCAGAUUGUCUACUCCUUUAAGAGGAAAAAACUUAUUCAGAUCUAUUCAUAUGACUGUUUUAACUUGCAGGCACACUCAUUUUCCACUGGGGUUCUUCCUCUUAUGAUCCCACUUGCUUUUCUGCUAAACAUGGUAAGAAACAUUUUGUGCUGAUGCCCUCGGGCUACCCAACAAAAUUUUAUACGGGGAGGCUCCGCCCCAAAGUCCAACCCGUUAAACUCUCUCAACUUCUCUUUUCCUCCCCAGGGGUACAACUGUACUUCUUAUACUGGACUAUAUGGGAAUGCUUUGACAUUUUCCCACACUUGAGGUUUAUGAAAGGGUGGGAUUUCAUGCGUCAUGGUAUAGAAAAGAGUUAUUGAAACAUGAUACUUGUAGGCCUUGAAAGGGUCCAGCUAACACACAUAAUUCUCAUUGAGACACCUAACAGAUGAUCAUUUGAACUAUCUUAAGAGGUUACUGUCCUGGCUCAACAGAAAAAUGUGCUUAAGUCAUUCAAUUAUUGACCAAUCAUUUUUUGAGGUCUAUUAAAGGGGUACCCUGAUGGUCAGCAUGCAGUGGUGUAUCGAAAAGUAAGGGUUUAGACCUGUACAAAACUUUGUUGGAUACAAACUCUCCCUGCCCGCCAAUUGGGGAUUCCUCAUGGGUCCUCUUGAUUUCCAUCCACACGCUCACCAAAAAAAGGGAUAUACAAUAUGGGGCCUGCAUAUUUAAGUAAUCUCUCACAUAUUAAACGAUGUUCUCGCUAUAACCCGCGGAGUAAUGUGGGUGUUAUUUUGCAAAACCCUACCUCUAAGUUCAAAGGCACUCUUGGGGACAUAUCAUUCACUGCAGCUGCUCCAAAGAUAUGGAACGGUUUACUGGACUGUAUUAGGAAAGAGAAUGAUUUUGAUAAGUUUAAGACUCAGACGCACUAUUUUAAAGAGGCCUAUAGCGACCUGUCUUGAGCUAUCGUAGGUUUUUAUUUUCUACUUUUAUCUUCUCUUUUUACUUCUUACUUUUUAUGAGUUAUGCUAAAUUACCUAUUAGGAAGGAAAUGUAACAAAUGAUUAAGCUUUAGUAUAUAGAGAGUGUGUAAUAUAUCUUUUAUUUUAGUCUUGUUCAAGUGUUUUAAUAUGCACAUUUGAUCAUAUCUUUUAAUGUUAAAAUGAGCAAUAAAAGCAAUGACUAUUAUUAAAUAUUACUACUAUUACUAAAACAGGGAACUGGAAGCGGGGAACGAGUACCAGGAAUGCAAAAAGAAAAAUUGGAAUGAGACCUAGCUUGAAAUCCAGCCCCAGUAUCAGGAACUUCAUUUUAAAUUCUCUGUUAUGUUCCCAUUUUUCAUUUUCCCCUUCCCAUGUCUCAUCCCCACUCCCUGUUCCCCAUUCCCCGUUCCCUGUUCUCCGUUUUAGUAACAUCCCUAAAAAAGUUACUAAUAACCCAUGAAUUCAUUUUUUAUUCAUGACAAAUACAGUUUUCAUGUGAUCUUUUUUUUUCUCAUUUUAUCUUUUAGGUCUUUUUCUUUGUUCCAUUCUACGAUAAUAACUUCAACACAAUGCGAUUGGAGAGAAUUCGAUGCGCUAUGAAGCUCAACAUUGAAAUCGCCAAGGAUCAUCCCUAA